CGUCGAACUUCGUAGACUUCUGGUUCUUACUUGCCGGCGGCGAAAAAAGUUCAUCGUUUAGGUUCCCCAGAGACAGCUCCCUACGACUGACAAUCUUACUCCCACCCGGGUGUGAAGCCUCCUCACAGUAGUUGUUCUUCAUUAAAUACCUCUCAUGGCUCGGUAACAGCCAAACUAUCUUCCCAGAAUACAAAAUGUCGUUGCGUACUUCGACUGCCCACCUCACCCGCCAACUGGCGACAAAGCGCCCGGCAGUGGCCCCCUCAGCCAGAAAUGGCCUCUCAGUUCCCGCGGCUCUCCAGAGUGCCUCAAUGGCCACCGCCGUUCCUCCUGUGACUCAAGAUUCGACUGGUUCGAAGGGCCCGACUGCAAUGGUCUUUAUGAACAUGGGCGGUCCUUCGCACACGUCCGAAGUAGGCGACUUCCUCUCCCGCCUCUUCGCCGACCGAGAUCUGAUUCCCCUUGGGCCAUUACAACCCUAUCUGGGGCCCCUGAUCUCUCGCCGCCGCACCCCGAAAAUCCAACAACAAUACUCGGCCAUAGGCGGGGGUUCUCCCAUACGAAAAUGGUCCGAGCACCAGUGUACCGAAAUGUGCAAAAUCCUAGACAAGCUCUCGCCCGAAACGGCACCACAUAAACCCUACGUGGCGUUCCGAUACGCGAAUCCCUUGACGGAGCAUAUGUAUGAACAAUUGUUAAAAGACGGGUUUGGUGGCGGAAAGGGAGGUCGAGCGGUAGCAUUCACACAGUAUCCCCAAUACAGCUGUUCCACCACGGGGAGCUCAUUGAACGAGCUGUGGAAAUGGCGGAACCGGCUCGAGGGCAAACGAGCAACAACGGGCGAGGUCGAUCCAGACGGAGCAAUAACCUGGAGUGUGAUCGAUCGCUGGCCCACGCACCCAGGAUUAGUUGAGGCCUUUGCGCAGAACAUCGAAGCUAAAUUGGCCGAAUAUCCCGAAGAGCGACAGAAAGACGUGGUGAUCCUGUUUUCAGCUCACAGUCUUCCCAUGAGCGUGGUCAACAGAGGCGACCCGUACCCGGCCGAAGUUGCGGCAACAGUGCACGCUGUCAUGAACCGACUCGGCCACUCGCACCCGUACCGACUUUGCUGGCAAUCGCAAGUCGGGCCCUCUGCAUGGUUGGGCGCCCAAACAAGCGACACUGUCAAGGAAUAUAUGAAGCGAGGACAGACAGACAUCAUUCUGGUCCCGAUCGCCUUCACGAGCGACCACAUCGAGACUCUCUACGAGAUCGACAAGGAAGUCAUGCACGAAGAUGCAAAGGGCCACCCGGGCGUCAAGCGCGCAGAGAGUCUCAACGACAACCCGGUUUUCAUCCAGGCAUUGGCAGAUAUUGCGCACAAUCAUCUCCUGAGUGGCGAGAGCUGCUCCCGGCAGAUGGGGUUGAGGUGUCAAGGGUGCACAAGUGAAAGAUGCCUUGAGCAGAAAAAGUUCUUUGCUGGCCAGCAUGCGAAGAUAUUACCGACUGUACGAUAAGGACGGAAUUGUGGUGAGAAGAUAAAAAUUGUUUACUGACCCAGAAUGAAAAUGAUGAAUAACAAUCUCGUCUCGCGAGCUGAUGUUCCG